AUGUGCGCGCGGGCGGCAGGCUUCGCCGCGACUGGCAGGGCGGGCGGACUGCGAGCCGCCCUGCGUCGCUUGCCUCGUCGUCGUCAUACGGCUGCGCGCCACCACUUUUUAAGCCUCAUUUGCGACUACAGCAACGACAGCGAUAGCGGGGGUAGCUCUAUACACAUAAAGCUUCACGUGUAUCGAGAAAUGCGUGAAAAUUCUAACUAA